AAAGUUGUCGAUAUGGUCUUGCCCAUUGCUGCGACAGUAGUCACUUCAUUCCGUUUGUUCCUGCGAAUGCGACAAGGCCAUCUCUGGCUAGACGAUGCAUGGGCAACACUUGCCAUGGUAUUCAAUGUCAGUUUUUUAGUAGUUGACUGGUUGUACCUACGUGACUAUGGUGAUGUGGCGUCAUCCAGGAUCUCGAUUUUAUUCACGGUCGUGCGAUUGACUUUCCCUGGCUCACUACGGAGCUGGCUAGUACGCACCGCCAUCAUGUUUAUAUUUGCAUGGAUGAUCCUUGGCGCGCAAAUUUUUUGGACCUGUGAAGCAGAAAGUAGUUGGAAAACACAACCACGCCCUCAGUGCGACAUAGGUAGGAACGUUGCAAUUGCGCAGAUAAUUACCGACGUGCUCAGCGACAUGAUCUUAAUACUAGCGCCAUUCCGUCUGAUUUACAAAGUCAGACUCACAAAGGCUCAGAAGAUCCGGCUCCUGUCUGUGUUUUCGACAUCUGCUAUUACCACUAUCGUCAGCCUCGUCCAUGCAUAUUACGUGCUUACUGACGGUGGGCUGAAAGUAAUCUUAGCUGCCAUAGUUGAGGUAUCAGUUAGCUUGAUUGUGGCGAACUUGAGCGUAGUUGUCGCAUUCCUCUUCCGCAUUAGCACUGAAGAAACUUCAACCCCUGCUUCGCUGGAGCUCAAGUCCAUAAUCACCUUCGGCUCGCUCCCUAUUCGGGAAAGAACACAACUUGGUCCUUCAACGAUGGUGAUUGGGAUUGAAACCACGACAAUCCAACUGGAUGACUUUCAAUGCAUCUCCCAAGGAAGCGGCUAG